AUGGAUCCACCGCCCAACUAUAGCUCCGAUGAGCACAACAGCAGCGAUGAACUGGAACGCAUCAGUGAGGUGAAAACCUCAGCAUCAACAACAGCCUCAACCUCAGCCUCUCCUGCCGCAUUGUCAUCCAUUGAACCCUGUCGGCUGUCGUGGUUUCUGGUGAAAAAUGAUGCUGCCUCAGCAGCAGAACAUGGCGACUAUUGCAUCAUACACGCCAUGGAUAUAAUAAAUCAAGAUCCAAAAGAUGUAUUUCUCUUCAAUGCGGUGCACUUUAACCUGGGCAAAGAUACACUCUCGGGCCAAGUACUGGCCGCUGCCGAUCACAUACAACUGGUUGAGGCAGAUAUGCAGGAAUGGUUAAAGGCGGAUCGGCUGAAACCAGCAGCAGCUACGCCAUAUCUCUUGGUACAAUAUCGUCCAGCGCCAGAUCGCUUAGUGCAUCGUGUAAUGCAUGAAAAUGAUGUGACGCCAGUGGUGUUGGGACAAGCGAAGCAAAAUAGUUGUCGAGAGGUUUACGUGAAAGAUGGCGUGCGUAUGUGUCAGGGAUAUGUGUUGACACGCAGCAAUGACGCCAAUCGGUUGGACAAUGAGCUGAUUAAAGUGAAAGUGAAAUGUUAUGAGGCGAUACGUAGCACAUUCCCGCAGCCGGACGAUAUUGAAAAGGAUGCCAGAAUAGCGCCAGAAGAUAAUACAUGGCUGCUGCUGCAGUAUAGCCGCAGCAUCUCCGAUUGUAUUUAUACCAUUAUGCGCUACAAGGAUACACAGAAGUUGGACUCCAAUUUGUAUCCGGGCAUACAGACUUAUUUGACUGUAGGCAAUACAAUUUAUCAGACAAUGAUUGUGCACAAAUCGCUAAAUGAGCUGGAAAUGUUGGCAGUUUUGAAUAAUAUAGCCAGCUCCUGUCUCUUAUCCGCUUAUCCAGCCAUUGAUGAUACGGAAUUCCGCAAUGCAGAGCUUGUAAAGUACGAACGUCAAGAUUUAAAUGAGUACAAAUCAUACAUCGCUGCUAAUGUUCGCAAAUCGGACAUAACAAAAUGCCAACAAGUGUCGAAAUGCAUCGAGAAGGAAGCCGCUUAUAUCAGUCAUCUGCUGGAUAAUAUCGAUCGCACCGAAGAGCAAAUGGAGAGCGUGCUGCAUCAAAUAAGAGAAAUGAACGACAAUGUGAAAUGUACUUUGGGGGAUAAAUAA